UCACUGCCUUGGCGGUACUGCUGGCAGAAAGAGUCGAUGAGAUGCCAAGGAUUACGUGCUCUAAGAAGUGGGCUGGAUUGUGGAGAAACUUUCCAAACAGGAAAGGAAAGGCCGUCAUUGGGAGUCCCUCCCUGGGAGAAGAGAGAGCUGCCCUGUCUCCCAGGCGAAGGGAAGUGGCGUGGGCCACGGGGGCCCCGCAGGAGGAGGGAGCCACUCCGCCGCCGCCUCCCGCCCUGUUUGGUUCACUCCUGACAGAUUGCUGCCUCUGCCUCUCGCUGGGAAGCCAGCCCGCGCCUCCAAACACUGCUGCAGCCGGCCAGCCCAAGCAAGGGGCUUCUUCCCGGGCGGGCAGGCGGAGCAACCUCGGUGGCCUCCUCCUCCUCCAGAUCGCGGCUCAAGCCUCCCUCCCAGCCCGGGCCAAGGGACCCAUGCCAGCCAUGGACUCGGCCACGGAGACCCACGAGCUGAAUGGCCUGACCGCCGGGAGCAGCAACGGCGACGCGACGCCUCCGGCUCCUGACCAGCCUGGAAGACAAUGGCUACAGAGAAACAACAGACCAAUUAACAUUAACCAUUAUGCCAACAAGAAGAGUGCAGCCGAGAGCAUGUUGGAUAUUGCUUUGCUCAUGGCCAAUGCAUCCCAGCUCAAGGCAGUUAUGGAACAAGGACCUUCCUUUUCGUUCUACGUCCCACUUAUUGCCCUCAUUUCCAUCUCACUCAUACUUCAGGUUGGAGUGGGUGUCCUACUAAUAUUCCUUGUCAAAUAUGAUCUCAAUAAUCCUGCAAAACAUGCCAAGUUGGAUUUUCUGAAUAAUCUUGCAACUGGACUGGUGUUUAUCAUAGUAGUUGUGAAUAUCUUUAUUACUGCUUUUGGAGUUCAGAAGCCAUCAGCCUCAGUCAGUAAGUGAUAUAAAGAGACCUGAGUUCUGAAUUCUAUAGAUGGUUUCUCCCUUUCAAGAGGAUUUCACUUGAAUAGAAAACAUGAAGAAUACGAAACAGUUCAAACAAGUAUCUGUCUCUGUCAUUUGGCAGAACUCUUUGGCAGAAAGGGCUUUCUGUAUAAUCUCUUAACUGUGCACAAGAUGAUGAACUGCUCCUGUUGGGAAAAUUAAAUUGAAUUUUGUGGUGCAAGAGGUUCUUCCCAAGGAGAUGACUGAAAUCAUCAUUUGAUACAGGCAUCAAAUUUUCACAUAAACCUGAUGGCAUUCAAUCACAGAAGAUUGCUGUUUAAGUGUUAUCUUAUGACUCCAUUGCAGCUGAAAAUUUCUCACUUCUUUUGGCUUUCCUGAGAUGGUUGGAACAGCAGUUUCUACAUCAGAAAGCAUGGCCUUCACAGAGACAUGGAAAGGCAUGUCUGAAUUCUGCAUAACAAGGGCAGAUUACACUGCCAAAACCCUUAAAAUUCUGUGAAACCAAUGUUUUAUGCAAUUUAAAGAACUGAUGCCAUUUUAUUUAUUUUUAUAAUCCCAGAUAAAGAGUGUGUCUCAUAAUUAGAUGGUCUUUAUUUAAAAGGAUAAAGCAUUUGCAGUCAACCUUGUAUAAAUUUUGAAAUAGUCUCUGAAUGCCAUUUGAUGGUAUCUUGUGUCUAUUCAUGGUUUGGUCCUCAAAAUCCAGGUCUUCCAAAGAAACAAAGCUUCAUCCUUCUUAGUUCUUUCUAUAUUUCUUUUAAAAUAUCAUUUUUACCAUGCAUGGGUUUAUUGAAACCAUAGUGUGCUUGGAACAGAUGGUUCAAAAGGAGGCAGUAUCUUUAAAUGAACUCCAUAAAACACUUAAAUAAAAAAGCUUUGUUGGAUGAGAGCCCAAGCAUCUUUCUUACCUAGAUCCCCUCCAUGUAAGUCCAACGACAGGUCCUGAACACAAUAUGUUUAAGAAAGACUCAGCUGUGGUCUCUAUCUAAUUUCUCCAAUGAUUUUUUGGUUUUCUUUUAUAUCUUUCAUGCACUCUGGACUUUUUUCACAAAAGCCAUGGUGUAUUUGCACACAAAUGCAAUGCUGCCUGUUAAACUGUGAACAUAGGCCUUAUUCAGGAGGGAAAACAGUUCAAAAGACAAUUGCCUUUACUUCAAGAGUGACCCUUUGGAAUUAGAGUGUUCUUGAUAGUGCUAACUUAUUCAUAUAUCAAAUAUAUGUUCCAGUGAGUUCAGUGAGGUUUAUCUCUCAAUAGCAUGCAAUGGAGAGCCAGUACGGUGUAGUGGUUUGACCAUUGGACUAUAACCGUGGAGACCAGGGUUGAAAUCCCUGCUCGUCCAUGGAAACCCACUGGAUGAUCUUGGGCAAGUCACACUCAGCCUCUGAGGAAAGAAGGUAAAGGCAAAACCCCUUCAAACAAUUCUUGCCAAGAAAGCACCAUGAUAUAUUCGCCUUAGGGGUAACAUAGGUUAGAAACAACUUGGAGGCACACAGCAACAACUGAUAACCCUCCAGCUUCUCGUGUCUUUUAUUUACUUUGAAUUAUUAUGAAAUGAGAAGCAUCAUUUUGAUGAAUGUAGAGAUGUCAAGAAAAAUGAUUCAGAGUAUAUACUUUUGCCGGCAAUUGUGCAUAUCAAAUACACACACACUUUCAUUUUAAGCAUUUUAUUCCUAAUUUAUCAUAUGGUAAAGAGAAUCUGCAUUUGAUUACAGUUUUCUUAUAGAAACUGACUGAAAUAUAACAGUAUGGUGUUAUAUUUCAUUUUGAGAUACUGCCUCCUGCUAGGCAAACUGACACUUUUCCAGCUCCUACUACAGCUUUCUCUUCCCAUGCUAAAAAUCUGUUUUAGAGACUUUCUCGGCCAUUCAUAGGAGGCUAUGGGAAAGAAGGGCAAGAGGGACAAUGAAUUGCUGAUUCAGGUGGAAAUGUUGGUGGUCAAGGGGGGGGGCAGCAAAAGCACACCACUGGAUCUUGGUCAUAACUUUAUUGUAUUCCAUGUGUGUGGGUGUGGGUGUGGGUGUGUGCUUGACUUGACCAUGGGGAGGUGCUGUUGUUUCAUUUUUCCAUGCCAAGGAGCCUGUUGUCCAUGGACACCUUCCUGAUCGAAUUGCCAGCAUGUUUUGCAGGGGCGCCUUUUACCUUCCCGCCACAGUUGUACAUAUUUAUCUACUCACAUUGCUGUUUUAAAACGCUAGGUAAGCAGAAGCUAGGGCUGAUGGCGAGAGCUCACCCCAACCCGAUGUGCUAACUGCGGGCCCAAUACAUAUCCAUUCUAUGUGAUAGGCAAUCAGAACAAUUAUUAUAGCUGUGUCUUUUACCAUUUCAAUAACUAUUUUUUUCCACUGAAACCAUGCUUUUUGUUUAUUAGAUAUAAAAGAAGAAGCAUGCAAAAUUAAGUUAUGCUGUUUUUUGUUUGUGUUGUAAUUAACUGGUUUUUAGUAAUAAUGGGUUAGACCCACUGAAAUAUGUGGGGCUUGCAUUGGUCAUGAUGAUAUUAUAUUACAUUUAUUUCAGAAAGUAUGGAUCCAAAGCAGUUCUCUUGAGAUAUUAAAGGUCUUUCUUCCUCUUUCUCCAUCUACUAAAAUUUUAUGGAAACUAUUGACUGGUUUAGUUAGCAACUCUUAUACAUAUCAAUUACAAUUUGAUAAAGAAUGCAGUGCAACAUACAGCUAGUUUUUCCUAAUCCUGAUAUAUUCACAUUUUUUUUGUAAAUGUUGUGUUUAAAAUAUUAUUUCUUACUUACCUGAACACUGUAAUGCUCUAAUAUGAUCUAGAGGUAGUAUAAUUUUAAGCAAACUGAAUGUAUAAUUUUUGAAGAUUUUUUAAAGUUUUAUAAAGUAUGUGUGGUUAUUUAAAUAUUUGUGAGAUUAGUAACAUUAUCUCAAGAUAAAUUUUUCUUGGAAAGUACUUACUUCCAAUAGAAUACACUUAGGAUUGAGCUUUUACUUCAGAAUUCAUGGUUGAUAACAAUUUUAUGUGACAUUAAUGUAAAGAGCACUUAUGCCUAUUGAUUUUCAUUGGAUUAAGAGUUCUUAAAUUUGUGUUUGGAAUAAAUUAUGAAUGAGUUCAACAUUGAAGAGACCCUAUUAAAUAAAUCUUUAAAAAAUGGAGAAAGGAAGAUGAGAGGGUUCAUUAAUCAGAUGUGUUUGCUACUAUCUUUCCUACUAUUUCCUCUCUCACAACUGGAUUUCCUCAGAAAUAAGUGCCUCAGAAAUCAGACUUGCAAAUUAAGUCAUUGUUUACCAUCCAGUGAUUAUUCACAAAACAAAGCAUGCUUAAUGCAAGGGAUGUAGGAAAGUAGAUUACAUUUAAUAAACAAAAGUCUCAGAAAUGUUUGGAAAAAAUAUGUGAUUAACAUAUUGUCUUGUUAGACCAAACUGUGGUGAAUGUAUCCUAGCAUAUAUCCUUGCUGUAUUUAUUAUUUCAUUUUUAAAAGAGUUUCAUUGUCACUUCUGAAAAGAAGCUCUCAGCCUCUGAAGAAAUAUAGUAGAAUUUUGUGGGCGGAUUCUGCUGCUUGUCACUAGUGAUAUCAGAGAAAAAUACAGUAGAUGCCUGAAGUAUUAAUACAAUCUUAUUGAGACUAGUUAAUAGAAAACUCCCCAGUAAUAAGAUAUUGCUGUUUGAGAAGCAAGGAAAUGCAAUUCCUCUGUAACAGAAGCUCUUCCUUUACAGAACGCUAAAGUAACAGCUCUAUAUCUGAGUACUCUAAAAUUAUAUUCUAGAAAGACUUCCAAGUCACGAGAACUAGACAUUUCUAUAUUGAGUGCCUCAGCACAAGGUGUAUAUAGCCUUCUAUAAAUGGCCAUUGCUGGAAGUAGGAUCUAAAUUAUUCUGAUCCUUUUACUCAGGUUGAGAUCCUUGUUUGUUUUGCUUUUUAAUUGCAGCUGUAUUAUAUUGUUGGUGUUUUAUGUACAGAGAUGAAUUUUCCACCUGUUAUUGAUCAAUAAAGCAUUUUUAUUAGUUGG